GAUAACAAAACUGUGAUUUCUUGUCCAAAUAUUUUUCAGGCCAUUUGUGAAUGUACCACAAACACACUGGAAAUUUCUAUUAUUUGCAAUGGAGGAAAAUCAAUGGAAGAGGUACUUAGUAUUCUUAGCAGCAUAACGCAACCUAUCGAUGAACUUACUAUUAUUAAUACACCCAUAACCGAUUAUACAUUCCAUGAUUUAUCAGUCAGAAAACUGCGCCUGAACGGAAAUAACUUGGAAAAAAUCCACGAAGCCGCAUUUGCUGGUCCACUACUGGACAGUAUAAUUGCACUGGACAUUAGUGAUAACAAACUCCACACUACCAUACAGCCAGGAAUUUCAGCGCUCCGCAACUUGCAGAUUCUAAAUUUAAGCAAUAAUUCGAUCAUCAGUCUUCCGCCCAAUGCAUUUUCAAAAUAUCAAAGCCGAUUUUCUCUUAAGGAGUUGGAUCUCAGUGUUAAUCAGCUCACCGAAAUUUCCAGCCAUGCAUUUUCGGGAUUAGAAAUGCUUCAGUUACUGGCACUCACUGAAAAUACUCUCAAACUCAUACCCAGUGACGCUCUGAAAGCACUGCCAACGCUGGAAAGUUUGCUGUUGUCAGCAAAUCAAUUUGAAUUUGUUCCUGCUGAUGCACUACCACUACCUAAUCUUAAAUCGAUCAGUCUGGAAUUCGUUCAGAUAUCCAAAAUUUCUGUGGACGCUUUCCGACAAAAUCCACAGCUUUCCUCAAUCUAUUUGAACAGCAACCAGCUAAGCCACAUUGCGCCACAGCUUUUUCGACCAGUGCCACAGCUACGAAUCUUAAACAUGGGAAGCAACGAGCUACUGACAACAAUCGCAAACAACAGUAAAUAUGUCGGCUAUGUGCUCAUGUCACCUUCUUUUAAUCCGCCCGGGAUUAACUUAAUUUUAGCGUUUCAAUAUCUGAAAGAGCUAAUGCGACUGGAUUUAUCGGAUUGCAAAAUUGAGACAGUCGAAAACAGCGCUUUCCAACAACUACAGCAACUGAAAAUCAUCAACCUACGUGGAAACCGCCUUAAAAAGUAUAAUUUCUGUUUUAAAAAAAUUUAUAUUAUACGGGACGUUUUGUCAGUCAAUCAUAAUCCAUGGACAUGUGACCAAGGGCUAAAAUGGCUGCAAAAAUGGCUUAAAGAAGACGAAAGCAUACACAUCACUGCACCUGGAUAUCCGCCUGCAAAAUGUCAGGAACCACCCAGUUUACGUGGUAACGAUAUCCGGAAUGUGAUCCUUUUGGGGUCAAGUUCAGUCAGUUCAUCGUCGGCAUUCGCAAAUUCCAAUACAACAGCAAGAUCAAAGAACAAUUACGUUGAACAAGUGAGCUGGCAAAUAACACUACAGCCUAUCAAACCAAAAUUUCCAAAAAAUUCUCCGGGAUCAGUCUCAGACGGUAAUUGGGAAAAAUUCAAAAAUAAACAAUAUUUAUCAAAAAUAACCGUAUGGGACACAACGGGAGUGCCAUUCGACUCGAUGCUCUUCGCAACGCCUAGCAACACAGAUCCAGGAACGGAUGACGACGUGAAAGAACAGACGAAAGCAACUACAGUGAUAGUUGUAAUAUGUGAGUCAUUUAUCUGCUAA